AUGGAGAAAUUCAUCAAGAGGAGGAGACCCAUCCAGAAGCCCCCGCUCAGCAUCCAGAGGCCCCCGCUCAGCAUCCAGAGGCCCCCGCUCAGCAUCCAGAGGCCCCCGCUCAGCAUCCAGAGGCCCCCGCUCAGCAUCCAGAGGCCCCCGCUCAGCAUCCAGAGGCCCCCGCUCAGCAUCCAGAGGCCCCCGCACCUCAUCCAGAGGCCCCGGUUCAGCAUGCAGAGGCCCCCACACAGCAUGCAGCACAAAAGAGAGUCACAUGAUCUGGAAGUUGUCCCUCCAAAAAGUAUUCGGCUUUCAGAAUCUGUCUCUGAAGCAUCAGCAAAGGCUGAGAGCUUGCCGGAAGUGGGAACUGGGAACGGAGUAUGUUACCCGUUGAGGAUUCCCUGCUUAUGGACACCUGAACGGCAGCAAGUGGAAAUGCUGCGCAUGUGUGAUGGCCUGGAUGAAGAGUAUAAAGAAGACCUCAGUGAACCGUUCAUGUUCAUGUUUAGUUUGCAGGCAGACUAUGAGGAGUUCUGCAAGGAAAUGAUGGACAAAAGGCAGCUGCAGGUGUUUUCCGGCUUUGAAAUGAGAUAA